AUGUCGUUCUUCCGUUCAAAUACAAGUUCCAAUCAAACUAUGGCAGCUGAUAAAGAUUUAAUGAAUGAUAUUGUUAUCAAUAACCCGGCAGAAGAUUCAAUAUCUGACAUUGCAUUCUCUCCACAACAAGACUUUUUAUUCAGUGUGAGUUCAUGGGAUAAUAAAGUGCGUAUAUGGGAUGCACAAGGUGGAAAUCCACAAGGCAGAGCUCAAUAUGAACAUGCAGCUCCUGUCUUGUGUACCAGAUGGUCCAGCGAUGGUACAAAAGUUGCAUCCGGUGGUUGUGAUAACGCUAUAAAAAUAUAUGAUGUAGCAAGUGGGCAAAAUCAACAACUUGGAACACAUAAUGCAGCCGUUAAGAGCUUAAGGUUUGUAAAUUGUGGACCUUCAAAUCAAGAAUGUUUAGUAACGGGUUCAUGGGAUAAGACAUUAAAAUAUUGGGAUUUAAGACAACCUCAACCAAUCUCUACAGUGAUGUUACCUGAAAGAGUUUAUUCUAUGGAUAGUAAAGAUAAAUUAUUGGUAGUGGGAACAGCGGAUAGAAAUAUAUGUAUUAUUGAUCUAAAUAGUCCUGGAAAUAUAUUCAAGACUUUUUUAUCACCAUUAAAAUGGCAAACAAGGGCAAUAGCAUGUUUCAAUAGAGGUGAUAGUUAUGCAAUUGGUUCGAUCGAAGGUAGAUGUGCAAUCAGAUACGUUGACGAUAUGCAACAAAAAAAUCUUGGGUUUUCAUUCAAAUGUCACCGUCAAAAUCAAAAUAAUAAUUCAAUGCAUGCUAACAUUUAUCCAGUCAAUAGUAUAGCAGUUCACCCAGUCUAUGGAUCGUUUGCUACAGCUGGUAGUGACGGAACCUUCCACUUCUGGGAUAAAGACCACAGACACAGACUAAAGGCAUUCCCAAGCCAGAAUGCGACUAUUCCAGUGGUGAAUUUUAACAGAAACGGUUCUGUUUUAGCAUAUGCAUUAAGUUAUGACUGGUUCCAAGGCUAUGGCGGUAACAAACAAGGCUAUCCAAACGUCAUAAAGCUGCAUCCAACCACAGACGCAGAAGUCCAAGAAAGAAAGAAAUAG